CACCCAUUGAUAUUAAUACUAAUCCAUUAGAAUGGUGGCAAUGUUUUGAAAAAGAUUUUCCUAUUCUUUCACAAAUAGCAUUAUGUUAUUUAAGUAUUCAAGGUUCUAGUGUACCUUCAGAACAAGCAUUUUCCAUAGCAUCAAAUACAAUUACCAAGAUUCAAUGUAAUUUGAAACCUGAAACUGCAUGUGCAGUUAUGUGUUUAAAAAGUUGGAUUCAACAAGUUCAAGAUAAAAAAGAAAGUGAUAAGUUUGAAGAAUCUUUUUUUUUGGAAAUAGCUGAUGGUAAAUUAUUGGAAGAUACUGCUUAA